CGUGCCCGUUCAAUAUCCGGGAGUUCCUUUGGCGAAUAAACGAGAGUUUACUGGUUAUCUUAUUUACAUUCUUUCCUUGAAAACCGUUCGAUAAAUACUCUCUGUCAGCGGAAGUAGAUCAAAUCGAGAUAUACCUCCAAGUUUGCUAUACUAAGCAUAAAAUUCCGAAAACUCUUUCAUUCGUCCACGGCUUUCAUUGUCGUGAUUGGCAGUGCACAGUGAGUGUGUGAAAAAUUGGUGCAAGUGUUGUGUUUGCAUCAUUUUAGGGUGUUUUAAUUUGAUUAUCCACCAAACGAAGCCUGCAAAGUGUGCUGUGGACCCGCUGAAAAGCGCUGGGGUUUUGCUCGCUCCGCUCACACCGUUCAUUACAGUGCUGGAAAGCGAACGAAACACAAACGCAUUUGCCCCCCUAGAACAAACAGCAAUCUGGCAUCACGAGUUAGCCGGCCGACAGACACGGAGCAGUGGUAGUGGAGAUCAUGCGCUCAUAGUUUUGUCAUACGUGUACUAAUCGAAUUUGUGUGACCAUUAAAGUAAGGUGCCGUUUUUGAGGGGUUCCGCCGAGGGCUGUUGUUACGGUGCACGGACCGAGGACAGUAAGGGAUAAGUGUUGCACGAGGGAACUAGAGCAUGAUGAAAUUGAACAGACCCCGGUGGUCGCCGCUCUUGUGGCGGAUUACUUUACUGUGCGCCGUGGUGCUAUUUCAUAACCCUGUAGUGCAUGGAAAUGAUGAAAUUUCCACCGAAUCGCAGCCGGCUGAGGAUGCUGAGCUGUACGAAACCCCAAAGAUAGACUCCAAACGCAUGUAUUUUGCGGAACAUUUCGACGAUCUUUACAACGAAGAUGCGAUCGAAAAGCGCUGGGUUAAAUCAAAAGCAAAGAAAGACGAUGCGGCUGAUGAGGUGGCCAAGUACGAUGGUGAAUGGGCAGUCGAGCAGCCGCAGAGGCCAAUCCUAGCAAAUGACUAUGGAUUAGUACUAAAAUCUAAAGCAAAGCAUGCUGCGAUUGCUUCACAUUUGUUGCUGAAUCGUCCGUUCGUGUUCGAGGACAAACCGCUAGUGGUGCAGUACGAGGUAAACUUACAGGAAGGCCAGGAAUGUGGUGGAUCAUACAUCAAGCUACUGUCGGUCGGUGAUGGAACGAAGGAUUUGAAACAAUUUCAUGACAAAACGCCGUACACGAUCAUGUUCGGUCCGGAUAAGUGUGGCAAUGAUGUAAAGCUCCACUUCAUUUUCCGACACGUCAACCCAGUCAAUAGUACCAUAACCGAGAAGCAUUGUAACAAGCAAAAAGACCGACUGGAUGAUCCCUUUAAGGACAAACGUCCCCAUCUGUAUCAGCUGAUUAUUCGUCCGGACAACACGUACACUAUUCGCGUUGAUCACAAAACGGUCAACGAAGGUUCGCUGCUCACAAACUUUACCCCGGCAGUAAAUCCACCCGCCGAAAUUGAUGAUCCGGAAGAUCGUAAACCCGAAAACUGGGACGAUCGCGAAAAGAUUCCCGACCCGGACGCAACAAAGCCGGACGAUUGGAAUGAGGACGAACCGGCACAAAUUGCCGAUCCGAAGGCCACCAAACCUUCGGGAUGGUUGGACGAUGUAGAGGAAAUGGUACCGGACAGUACCGCCGUAAAGCCGUCCGAUUGGGACAAUGAUAUGGAUGGCGAAUGGGAACCACCCCUGAUACCGAACCCGCUGUGCGAAAAGGCGGUCGGUUGCGGUUUGUGGAAAGCACCGAUGGUGGCGAAUCCAAACUACAAGGGCAAAUGGCGUCCACCGCUAAUCGCGAACGUUAACUAUCAGGGCAAAUGGGCACCGCGUAUGAUACCGAAUCCGGACUUUUUCGAAGACUUGACACCAUUCCGAAUGACACCUAUUGCUGCGGUUGGCUUCGAAAUUUGGUCCAUGUCUAGUGACAUUCUGUUCGACAAUGUUGUCAUUUGUGAUGAUGAAGCCGUCGCAGACGAAUGGGCAGCACAAACGUUCGAUCUUAAGGUGAAAACACUGGAUCGGCAAGCGCAAACACUCUGGGACAGAGCGAUGAGAUAUAUAAACUACAAACCAGGCUAUUGGGGAGCAUAUUUUGUUUACUGUUCAAUUCCACUGAUCGCUUACAUAUGGUUCCUUUGGUCACGGCGAGAUACAGAGGCUGAUACUAAGGCGGAAGUUGGACGAAAGAAGAAGAAUGAUGAUUAUCCAGCACCGGAAGACGAACUGGACGAUAUGGCCGCCGCCACCGCCGGUGAGAUGGGUGAGGAUGGGCGAUCGAGUAAAACAAAGCUGAAUGCCGCCACAACGGGGUCCUCCGGAUCACGUUCUGCCAGUAGUGCCGGUGAAGCAUACGGUGAGGAUGAAGACGAACAGGAUGGCGAUGAAGCCGAAGGUGACGAUGAAGAAAAUGAAGCACAGGAGGAAGCUCAGGAUAUGGGGGCAGCUGGUGAGGAGGAUGCAUCUGCAGGAAGCGAUGUACCAGUAGAUAGUAAGCAACCGGAAGGUGCGGAAGGCCUUAAGAAAAGAAAAGCUCGCAGAGAUUAGAAGCAGUGCGGACUGGGGAGGAUGGUAGAACAAUAACGUUGAGCCGUUACGUUGAGGUGGUAGUAGUAGAAGUGUAUGGAGAGAAGCAACAAAGGUAGAUCCGAGGUAAUCCGUAAAACUGUAAAGCUUUAGCAUAAUUCCAUAUGAUCUAUAUCUCAGCAUGUGUUAGCUGCUGGUAAUGGGUUAUUUCCUUUAGCGCUACACAUUCAUUUAUAAUUUCCAAGUUUCAAUUUAUACUGAUAACAAAGCUGUAGCACUAGUUCAAAUGAGUUCCAUUCUUAUCUACAGUUAAAAGAUCGUUUUUGCUCUAGCUCCUUAUAACAACCAGCCCGUUCAAGAUCUCUAUCGAACUUAUUUCACAUUUGAAUCUGAAUUUAAAUCAACGAUUGCAGGCAAAUAAUAUUUAUCCUAUGCCUUUUGAGUUCGUUGCAUCAAAGAAAACUGUGUGGGCAGUAGUUUGUGUUGGUUUCGUCACAAAUCGGAUCUUAGAAGAAGGUAGAACGCAAAACAGUAGCGGGAAAAGCAAUUUGAAUACAAUUCUUUUUUAGGCACCAUUCAUUCAGCACCAAAGGAAGGGCGGCUCUAGUUUAAGUAAAAGAUUCUAAAACAAGAAAAAAAAACAUACGAAUAGUACGAUCGCGCAUAUUUGCCAGUUUGCAUUGCAAGUGACUGUUUCAUUCAUUUAUUAUUGUGUGGCAUUUCUAUACCUAAGACUUUUGCGUUCAUACAAAGAACUAGUUUAAACUAUGUGGAAGGUAUUUCGGUUGCAUUUGCGUUUCUGCUUGGGAUUUUAUCUGGAAGUUUUCCGUUUUAGGUAUCUUAUUUAAGCUGAUUUUAGAUGUGAACACUCAUUCAAACUAUCAUUCAGCAUGUUCUUACAAAACUGUAAACAAUCUCAUACUCUAGAGUAGUUCAAACGUGGACGCUGAAGCGCACCGUGUGUGAAACGAUCUGCUCGAUGCAACAACGCGACAGAUUCGAGUGCCCUCGACAUGAAUAAAUAAAGCGUAAUUAAUUGACCAUCGACAAAA